AAAUACUCUCUCCUCACGUCUCCUAAAGGUUUAUUGUAACGUGCAAAAAUGGUGCUCUGUGUGAAUGUUAUUCUGUUCCUAGCUUUACAUCUCUUGCCUGGAAUGAAAAGCUCAAUGGUAAGUUUGAAGAACAAUGGAUAUGAUGGCAUUGUCAUUGCAAUUAACCCCAGUGUGCCAGAAGAUGAAAAACUUAUUCAAAACAUAAAGGAAAUGGUAACUGAAGCUUCUUCUUAUCUGUUUCACGCCACCAAACGAAGGGUUUAUUUCAGGAAUGUAAGCAUUUUAAUUCCACUGACCUGGAAGUCAAAAUCUGAGUACUUAAAGCCAAAACAAGAAUCAUAUGACAAGGCAGAUGUCAUAGUUGCUCAUCCUUACCUAGAAUAUGGAGAUGAUCCCUAUACACUUCAGUAUGGACAAUGCGGAGAAAAAGGACAAUAUAUACAUUUUACUCCAAACUUCUUGUUGUCUAAUAAUUUGCUUUUCUAUGGAUCCCGAGGCAGAGUAUUUGUCCACGAGUGGGCCCACCUCCGAUGGGGAGUAUUUGAUGAGUAUAAUGAACAUCGGCCAUUCUAUAUUUCUAGCCAGAACACUAUUGAAGCAACAAGAUGUUCAACUCUUUUGACUGGAAGUAAUGUGGUUUUAAAGAAAUGCCAGCAAGGCAGUUGUAUAACAAAGCCAUGCAGACGUGACUCACAGACCGGGUUGUAUGAAGCAAAAUGUACAUUCUUGCCAGAAAAAUCUCAGACUGCAAGGGAAUCCAUAAUGUUUAUGCAAAGUUUUGAUUCUGUGACUGAAUUUUGUACAGCAGAAACACACAAUGCAGAAGCUCCAAACCUACAAAACAGAAUGUGCAAUCACAGAAGUACAUGGGAUGUAAUCAUGACCUCUGAUGAUUUUCGGACUGCAUCUCCCAUGACAGGAAGAAAUCUACCACCUCAUCCUAUAUUCUCAUUGAUCAAGUCCAAACAGCGAGUAGUCUGUUUGGUACUAGAUAAAUCUGGAAGCAUGAAUUCAGAAGAUCGUCUCUUUCGAAUGAAUCAAGCAGCAGAAAUAUACUUGGUUCAAAUUAUUGAAAAGGGAUCAUUAGCUGGGAUGGUCACAUUUGAAAGUUUUGCUACAAUCCAAAAUAAUCUUAUAGAAAUAACUAAUGAGAAUGCUUCCCAAAGAAUCACUGCAAAUCUGCCUCAAGUAGCUAAUGGUGGAACUUCAAUUUGCAGCGGACUCAAAGCAGGAUUCCAGGUAAUUACCCUAAGUGACCAGAGCAUUUCUGGUUCUGAAAUCGUAUUACUAACAGAUGGGGAAGAUGAUAAAAUAAGUUCAUGCUUUGAUGAGGUGAAACAAAGUGGGGCGAUCAUCCACACUAUUGCUCUGGGACCUUCUGCUGCCAAAGAACUGGAGACCCUUUCAAAUAUGACAGGAGGACAUCGUUUUUUUGCCCAUAAAGACAUAAAUGGCCUUAUUGAUGCUUUCAGUAGAAUUUCAUCUGGAAGUGGCAGUAUCACUCAGCAGGCUAUUCAGUUGGAAAGUAAAGCCUUAAAUAUGACAGCAAGGAAAUGGAUAAUUGGUACAGUGCCUGUGGAUAGUACAAUUGGAAAUGACACUUUUUUUGUUGUUACUUGGACAAUACAAAAGCCAGAAAUUCUUCUCCAAGAUCCAAAAGGAAAGAAAUAUAAAACGUCAGAUUUCAGAGAAGAUGAACUAAAUAUUCGGUCUGCCCGUCUUCGAAUACCAGGUAUUGCAGAGACAGGUACUUGGACUUACAGCCUUCUAAAUAAUCAUGACAACUUUCAAAUGCUAACGGUAACUGUGACUACUCGAGCAAGAAAUCCUACCACACCCCCAGUAAUUGUAAACAGUCACAUGAGUCAAAAUACAGCACAUUACCCUAGCCCAAUGAUUGUUUAUGCACGAGUCAGUCAAGGGUUUUUGCCUGUUCUGGGAAUCAAUGUAACAGCCAUUAUAGAAACCGAAGACGGACAUCAAGUAACAUUGGAGCUGUGGGACAAUGGUGCAGGUGCUGAUAUUGUCAAGAAUGAUGGCAUCUACUCAAGAUAUUUUACACAUUACCGUGGAAAUGGUAGAUACAGUUUAAAAGUACAUGCCCAGGCAAGAAAAAACAUAGCUAGGCUAAGUUUAAGACGACAAAACAAAGCUCUGUAUAUACCAGGCUACAUAGACAAUGGUAAAAUUAUACUGAAUCCACCCAGACCUGACGUCAAAGAUGACAUGGCAGAAGCUGAAGUAGAAGACUUUAGCAGACUAACCUCUGGAGGGUCAUUUACUGUAUCAGGAGCUCCUCCUUCUGGUGAUAAUACUCGUGUGUUCCCACCAAAUAAAAUUACAGACCUCGAGGCUAAGUUUAAAGAAGAUCAUAUUCAACUUUCAUGGACUGCCCCUGGCAAUGUCCUUGAUGAAGGAAAAGCCAAAAGCUACAUUAUAAGAAUAAGUAAGUAUCUCCUGGAUCUCAAAGAAGAUUUUCACAAUGCUACUUUAGUGAAUACUUCUAGUCUGAUACCUGAGGAAGCUGGCUCAAUAGAAAAUUUUGAAUUUAAACAAAAACUUUUAAAAAUAGAAAAUGGCACCAAAUUAUAUAUUGCAAUUCAAGCCAUCAAUGAAGCCAACCUCAUCUCAGAAAUGUCUAACAUUGCACAAGCAACCAAGUUAAUUCCUCCACAGGCACUCACUGCUUUGGGAACCAAGAGUUCUGGAAUCCGUUUGGCCAUUUUGGGAUUAGCUGUGGUUUUAUCUAUAUUUUAAACUAGAAACUAUAUUAGAACUAAAAUUGAACAUUAUAUCUAUUUGACAAACAGUUAUUUAGAAUUUAGUUUGCAGUACUCUUCUGUUAUAAAACCCUUUGUAAGAUAAAAGUGAAUGUACAAAAAUAAAUUUCCUAAUUACUGGAGUUCAUUAAUACUAAUUAGUCUGAUAUUAAUACUAAUUAGUUGCUAAAUGCAUAUCAAAAUGAAUAUACCAUUCCUGACCACUGCAAUGUACACCUGAAUCUGAAACUGAAUAAUAAUGAAUGUUAACUAUAAUUUUAUAUAUAUAUAUGGUCACAGUAAGUGGAGUACAGCAUAAGGAGUAGAGACAAUGGAAAUAUAACGGUGUGCAAUAUCAGAGGGGUAGUAGAUUGGCAAAGGGAGGUUAUCACUUUGUGAGGGGUAUAAACGGCUAACCAUUACAUUGUUUUGUACACCUGAAAU